AUGAUCAAAGUAAUGUUUUGCAAUAGCGUACGGAGCAAAAUCGCCAGCGGCAAAGAACACGGCAAAGGACGGCAGUACUUGCCUCGAGGAUACGGCGUAUUUCGUUUGAACUGGGACAGUGAGCUAGCAACAUUCGCACAAGUGUUAGCAAAUCAAUGUGUUUUAAGACACGACCUAUGCAGAGCCACAAAAAGAUUUCCGGACCCCGGCCAAACAGCAGGCCUGGUGCGAUUCUCGUUUCCAGACUGGUACUUGAUCAACAAACAGGAACUCUUCAAAACGCCGGACUUGAAUCCAGAUAAAUUGCUGUACGCCGCGAUCAAGGUCCUCAAAUCAUGGUACAACCAGAAGAGCUCGGUCACCGCGGACAUGAUCCUCUCUUAUCCCGAUUGGACAAAGGACCCAAAAGAUCAAGGUGGAAGAUUAUAUAUGGAGAUGAUCCAAGGUCCAGCUACUCACAUGGGCUGUGGCGUCUCAGCUUACACAGAAUACGCACAUUACGACUCAAACCCGAAUCUUAUUUAUAAUUCAGUAGAAAUAAUCUGCAAUUAUUCGGCGAAACCACGUAAGGGACUACCGGUUUACAACACCACUCCACCAGAGAAUCCUGCUUACAAUGGCGCCUGCGGUUGCCCUGAUGGCAGCAUUGAAGAUGACGACUGUCUUUGCAACCUUUCUGAGAAAGAUAAAGAAGCUAUACGCACGUGUGCCGACCCCGAUUCGAACUGUGAACCAACAGUCGUGCUACUACCGAUAUUCAGCAUUGAAGAUGCGCCCCCCGAAAAGCUAUUCACGCAAAGGGUAGUUGCAAACAAUAUCACUUUAAGACAAAGAGAUUCAGUUGAGUUAUUCAACAGCUUAGAGAACACAGAGGAGUCUUUGAUUAGUUUGAGUAACCGAGAGAGACAUCUACAUAGAACAAAAUUGAAAAGCUCACUCCAACGUAAGCCAAUCAGAAAGGCCGUUGUUAAAAAUCGGUACUUCAAUUCGAAAAGCAUCACAAAGGGCCAGUUUAAAAAAGGCGUUGCUUUGACCCACAAAAGGAAGCAAAGCAUAUUCGCUAAACAAGCCAAGUUUCAACUACCAACGAUAAAAAAUAAGAUUACUCAAGCCAAGUCUAAAAUAACGGACGUCAUACCUCGUAAAGAUUUCACACGAGCACAAAAGCUCGUUAAAAGCUACAUAAGCGAGAAACAUCGUUCCUAUUACGGCACUACAGAAAAUAAACACAAAAACAUUGUUGAUCAGAAUGAUAUAAACCAUAAAGAGCCUACAGAAGCCGUUUUAAAAUCAGUCGAAGAAAGAGUUAUGGAUUACAAUAAACAUUUCGGUUCCGAUACUGAUAGCUUACAAGGUAAUAAAAGUCCAAAAAUAAUUACUGAAGAUUCAGACAAUAAGCUGAUGGUGAUGCUAGAUAAUUUGGAAAGAGCGGUGAGGAACAUAGAACUAGAUGGAAAAGAAAAAGAAUUAUUCGAUGCCAAAAUAAGAAAAAUAUACGGCACUGUUGUUGGUAAAGAUGUUACUAAUGUUGUACAACGUAAAGAUGUAACUGAUUACGAUUUCAACCAAAAGAUUGAUGCUGAAGUGGAAGGAAAGGGUCCUCCUGCAGAACUGGAAUACAGACGUAAACAAGAUUACGGAGUUUCUAAAAUUGAUGUCAAAGACAACAAACAUGACUACGAUCGAAAAUUAAAUCCAAGGAAACAAAGUUCAUUUGCUAAUUAUCACAGAGAAAAUAUCAACGAUUUUACUACAAAGGAUGAUUAUUAUGAUUUUUUUUAUGCCAAGUACAAAGCCGGCGCUCUUACACCGAGACACACCUCGAGAAACCACGAAGAUAAGAGCAUUUACAGAAAAGAUAAUUUGAGAUUUACAAAUGCGAUGAGUGAAAGAAAAGUUAAAAGAUUAGAAGACGGUCGUUAUAACGAUCCAUUAAGCGUGGACAGGAGAAGGUUUUAUCAAGAGAAAUUAGAGAAAAUGGAGAAAAAAUUACGUGAAACUAAAAGCUAUAAACGUAGAAAUGAGGGCAAGCUGUCGCUGCGACCGACCGAGGAUCUGUCAAGGGGGAGUCGAUCUAAAAGCCAAAUCAAUCCGUUCUACAUGCACGACGGAGCAAGAUACCUUCACUACUGA